CAACUCAUCCAUCUUCUGGAUAAGCUCUCUCUCCAUCUCCUCACAUUUCUUCUCAAAGCAAAAAAUAUCUUUAAUUAUGUCAUAAUGUAAACUUUAGAAUAUUUCAUCAGAUAUCUCUUCCUUCGAAAAGAUUUAAAAACACACACACAAAAGAAUGGCAGCUCUAGCAUCAAACCCUCAGAUGUUAACGAGACAAGGUCACAGUAAUUACAAAAAGGAACAAUUCUGGAGGAAAGAGAGUUUGAAUACGGAGAAGAAGUGUGGGUUUUUCUGUGUGAAGGUUUACAAUCAUGAAAAGCUUGGGAGGUCACAAGUAGAAAAAGAGUGGAGGUUAAAAGCUUUUUGGUCAAACGUAUCACAGCCUGAGACUGUGGAGAUGGUACCCAUUAAUGACGUUGAUGAGCUUGAAGCUGUUCUCUCCGACGCACGCAACCUCUCUCAGCCUAUCAUCAUCGAAUGGAUGGCUUCUUGGUGUCGGAAAUGUAUUUACUUGAAGCCUAAGUUGGAGAAAUUGGCAGCGGAAUAUAAUAACAGAACAAAGUUUUACUACGUGGAUGUGAACAAGGUCCCUCAAACUUUGGUGAAGCGUGGCAACAUCUCGUUUUCCAUACUCAUGUAUAAUGCAGAAAAUGCCUACCAUUCAGUUGUGGAAGGAAGGGGAGAUGCAAGAGGAAGUGAUAGGAGGUCACAAAGGAUGGCUUGUUAUUGAAGAAGUCAGAGAAUUGAUCAACAAAUAUGUCUGAUUCUCUUCUUUUUUUUUCUCUUCCUCAUCUUUUCUGUUAAUUUGUACAGUAGUUUUUAAAAUUUGCAUUUUUGAUAUUUGAGACAUAUAGAAUGGAGAAAGAGAACUAAAAAUGAUAAGCUGUGUUUUCAGUU